CUGAGCUGAGCGGGGCGGGCGGCGGCGGCGGGGCCCGAGCCCGAGAAGAUGGCGGUGCGGAAGAAGGACGGCGGCCCCAACGUGAAGUACUACGAGGCCGCGGACACCGUGACCCAGUUCGACAACGUGAGGCUCUGGCUCGGCAAGAACUACAAGAAGUACAUCCAAGCAGAGCCACCAACCAACAAGUCCCUGUCUAGCCUGGUGGUGCAGUUGCUGCAGUUUCAGGAAGAGGUUUUUGGCAAACAUGUCAGCAACGCACCACUUACUAAACUGCCGAUCAAAUGUUUCCUAGAUUUCAAAGCAGGCGGAUCCUUGUGCCACAUUCUUGCAGCUGCCUACAAAUUCAAGAGUGACCAGGGAUGGCGGCGUUACGAUUUCCAGAACCCGUCGCGCAUGGACCGCAAUGUGGAGAUGUUCAUGACCAUUGAGAAGUCCCUCGUGCAGAAUAAUUGCCUGUCCCGACCUAACAUUUUCCUGUGCCCAGACAUUGAGCCCAAACUUCUCGGGAAAUUAAAAGACAUUGUUAAGAGGCACCAGGGAACCGUCUCUGAGGAUAAGAGCAACGCCUCCCACGUUGUGUAUCCUGUGCCUGGGAACCUAGAAGAAGAGGAAUGGGUACGGCCUGUCAUGAAGAGAGAUAAACAGGUUCUUCUGCACUGGGGCUACUAUCCUGACAGCUACGAUACAUGGAUCCCAGCUAGCGAAGUUGAAGCACCCGUGGAGGACGCUCCCACGCCGGAGAAGCCUAGGAAGGUCCACGCGAAGUGGAUCCUGGACACAGACACGUUCAAUGAGUGGAUGAAUGAGGAAGACUACGAAGUCAGUGACGACAAAAGCCCUGUUUCCCGCCGAAAGAAGAUUUCAGCCAAGACGUUGACAGAUGAGGUAAAUAGCCCAGAUUCAGACAGACGGGACAAGAAGGGGGGCAACUAUAAGAAGAGGAAACGCUCUCCCUCUCCUUCGCCAACCCCCGAAGCUAAGAAGAAGAACGCUAAGAAAGGACCCUCAACGCCUUACACUAAGUCAAAGCGAGGUCACAGGGAAGAGGAACAGGAAGACCUGACAAAAGAUAUGGACGAGCCCUCUCCAGUCCCAAAUGUAGAAGAGGUGACACUCCCCAAAACAGUCAACACUAAGAAGGAGUCCGAGUCUGCUCCCGUCAGAGGAGGCACCGUGACUGACCUGGACGAACAGGACGACGAGAGCAUGGAGACCACUGGCAAGGAUGAGGACGAGAGCAGCACGGGCAACAAGGGCGAGCAGACCAAGAAUCCAGACCUGCACGAGGACAACGUGACCGAGCAGACCCACCACAUCAUCAUCCCCAGCUACGCCGCCUGGUUUGACUACAACAGUGUUCACGCCAUUGAACGGAGGGCUCUCCCUGAGUUCUUCAACGGCAAGAACAAGUCCAAGACUCCAGAGAUCUACCUGGCAUAUCGGAACUUCAUGAUUGACACUUACCGGCUGAACCCCCAGGAGUAUCUAACAUCCACUGCCUGUCGGAGGAACUUGGCGGGUGAUGUCUGCGCUAUCAUGAGGGUCCACGCCUUCCUGGAGCAGUGGGGUCUUAUUAACUACCAGGUGGAUGCUGAGAGCCGACCAACCCCAAUGGGGCCUCCUCCCACCUCUCACUUCCACGUCCUGGCGGACACGCCUUCGGGGCUGGUCCCUCUUCAGCCCAAGCCCCCACAGGGCCGCCAGGUUGAUGCUGAUACCAAGGCUGGGCGGAAGGGCAAAGAGCUGGAUGACCUGGUGCCAGAGGCGGCUAAGGGCAAACCAGAGCUGCAGAGCUCUGCUUCCCAACAAAUGCUCAACUUCCCUGACAAGGGCAAAGAAAAGCCCACGGACAUGCAGAACUUCGGGCUGCGCACAGAUAUGUACACAAAGAAGACGGUCCCUGCCAAGAGCAAAGCUGCAGCUAGUGCCACUCGGGAGUGGACGGAGCAGGAGACGCUGCUGCUCCUGGAGGCUCUGGAAAUGUACAAGGACGACUGGAACAAAGUGUCUGAGCACGUGGGAAGCCGCACGCAGGAUGAGUGCAUCUUGCAUUUUCUCCGCCUUCCCAUUGAAGACCCGUACCUGGAGGACUCAGAGGCCUCUCUAGGGCCCCUGGCCUACCAGCCCAUCCCCUUCAGCCAGUCGGGCAACCCUGUUAUGAGCACCGUUGCCUUCCUGGCCUCGGUCGUGGACCCCCGAGUUGCUUCUGCUGCUGCGAAGUCAGCCCUAGAAGAGUUCUCCAAAAUGAAGGAAGAGGUGCCCACGGCCUUGGUGGAAGCCCAUGUGCGCAAAGUAGAGGAAGCUGCCAAGGCUACGGGCAAGGCAGAUCCCGCCUUUGGUCUGGAAAGCAGCGGCAUUGCGGGGACCACCUCUGACGAGCCUGAGCGUAUUGAGGAAAGCGGCACUGAGGAGGCACGGGCGGAGGGCCAGGCAGCCGAUGAGAAGAAGGAGCCUAAGGAAGCUCGGGAAGGAGGGGGCGCUGCAGAGGAAGAGGCGAAGGAGGAGACAAGUGAGGCUUCCAAGAAGGAUGAGGAGAAAGGGAAAGAAGGCGACAGUGAGAAGGAGUCGGAGAAGAGUGAUGGCGACCCAGUGGUUGAUCCUGAGAAGGACAAGGAGCCAAAAGAAGGACAGGAGGAAGUGCUGAAGGAAGUGGAGUCAGAGGGGGAGAGGAAGACGAAGGUAGAGCGAGACAUCGGUGAAGGCAACCUGUCCACAGCUGCCGCUGCCGCCCUGGCUGCUGCAGCCGUCAAGGCCAAGCACUUGGCUGCUGUGGAGGAGAGAAAGAUCAAGUCUUUGGUGGCGCUGCUGGUGGAGACCCAGAUGAAGAAACUGGAGAUCAAACUCCGCCAUUUUGAGGAGCUGGAGACGAUCAUGGACCGGGAGCGAGAAGCACUAGAGUACCAGAGGCAGCAGCUCCUGGCCGACCGACAAGCCUUCCACAUGGAGCAGCUCAAGUACGCAGAGAUGAGGGCCCGGCAGCAGCACUUCCAACAGAUGCACCAGCAGCAGCAGCAGCAGCCACCAACCCUGCCGCCAGGCUCCCAGCCCAUCCCUCCCACAGGAGCCGCCGCCGCCACCGGGCCACCCACAGUCCAUGGACUAGCUGUGGCUCCAGCCGCUGUGGCCCCUGCGCCUGCGGGCAGUGGAGCCCCUCCCGGAAGCUUGGGCCCUUCUGAACAGAUUGGGCAGGCAGGGACAACUGCAGGGCCACAGCAGCCGCAACCAGCUGGAGCGCCCCAGCCUGGGGCAGUCCCACCAGGGGUACCGCCCCCUGGACCCCAUGGCCCCUCACCGUUCCCUAACCAACAAACUCCUCCCUCAAUGAUGCCAGGGGCAGUGCCGGGCAGCGGGCACCCAGGCGUGGCGGGUAAUGCUCCUUUGGGUUUGCCUUUUGGCAUGCCGCCUCCUCCUCCUGCUGCUCCAUCCGUCAUCCCAUUCGGUAGUUUAGCUGAGUCCAUUAGUAUUAACCUCCCCCCUCCUCCUAACCUGCAUGGACAUCACCACCAUGUCCCGUUUGCCCCGGGCACUAUCCCCCCACCUAACCUGCCUGUGUCCAUGGCGAACCCUCUACAUCCUAACCUGCCGGCGACCACCACCAUGCCAUCUUCCUUGCCUCUCGGGCCGGGGCUCGGAUCCGCCGCAGCCCAGAGCCCUGCCAUUGUGGCAGCUGUUCAGGGCAACCUCCUGCCCAGUGCCAGCCCGCUGCCAGACCCAGGCACCCCCCUGCCUCCAGACCCCACAGCUCCAAGCCCAGGCACAGUUACCCCUGUGCCACCUCCACAGUGAGGAACCAGCCAGCCAUCUCUUCCCCCCUCACUCCCUGAGGAGAUCACAGUUCCAGGAACAGCCCUCCCCCACUACUGGGACGCUCUCUCAGCCUGGAGAGUUCAUCACUACGUAAGGAAAGCUCCUGUCCCUCCACCGCCCCGCACACCCCGCAGAGGUGUGCAGUUUUAUAUCCAGUUAUUACCCAUGGACUUCUAACCAAAAGAUGUUCCUUAUGCCUGGGAGAGAGAAGGGGACUGUGCCCUCACAGGAAGGUUAGGGAAAGAUGUUUAUACAGGUUCUACUAGCUGCUUCUGAGGGUGGACCCCUUCAGAGUUACUGCAUUUUGAGGUAGAUAACAUGAAAAUGAAAAAGUAAGCCCUUUAAAAGGGAGGUUUUGGCCAGGCGUGGUGGUGCACACCUUUAAUCCCAGCACUCGGGAGGCAGAGGCAGGUGGAUCUCUGUGAGUUCGAGGCCAGCCUGGUCUACAAAGUGAGACCAAAACAGCCAGGGCCACA